CAGCAAGUGAGAGAGGAAAAGAGAAGUUGAUUGACAUCUGCAGUGUCCUGGGAUGGAACAGUAGUAUGGGGAAAUCGUUUAUAUAGCAGCGUGUCCGGGCACAUUGUACUCAGUUCAUAAUAACCACUCUGAAGCACUGCGCAGCUCAAGUUGAAGGCUUCUGCAGUUAAGUAGGCUACGGCUCAGGGACCAAAACAAAAACGGAAGACAAAAAUGCAUUAAUAAUACGAAUGCGCUAGGAGACACCUUACUCUCAAAGUCAUAUACACUUUUCUUUUGACAUUUUAAACGAAAACGUGGGCACAGUGCGAAAACCAAGCACAGUGUGGACAUCAUGCACUGUCAAACCGAGUUAAGACUCUCCUCCCCCGGGCAGCUGAAAGCAGCCAGGCGGCGCUACAAGACUUUUAUGAUUGACGAAAUUCUUUCCAAGGAAACUUGUGAUUAUUUUGAAAAGCUUUCUCUUUACUCAGUAUGCCCUUCAAUCAUCGUUCGGCCUAAACCUCUGCACUCAUGUUCGGGAUCCUCCUCACUGCGGACCUACCCUCUACUCUCAGUCAUCACACGGCAGCCCAAUCUACCCGCUCACCUCUCCCAGCCCUCCUCCCCGGGCCAUGUACCCCACCUGCCUCUGCUUUCCCCCCAGCACCACUCACGGGUCUCUGACCCCUCCCCCAGUGAGACAACCGUCAGUAUCAGCAGUGAGUCAGACACAGAGCACAGUACCCCCAGGCUGAAGAAGCCAAGACGCAGUCGCACAAUAUUCACAGAAUUGCAGCUCAUGGGCCUGGAGAAGAAAUUCCAGAAGCAGAAGUAUCUCUCCACCCCUGAUAGGCUAGAUCUGGCCCAGUCCCUUGGUCUUACACAACUUCAGGUGAAGACCUGGUAUCAGAACAGAAGGAUGAAGUGGAAAAAAAUGGUGCUAAAGGGAGGACAGGAGGCCCCCACCAAACCUAAGGGCCGGCCCAAGAAGAACUCUAUCCCCACCACGGAGGAGAUUGAGGCAGAGGAGAGGAUGGCCAGGCUGGCUGAAGAGGAAAAGAGGAGGAGGGCAGCUGAUGAGGCCUUGGCCCACAGAGAGUCUCUACAGUCAGAACCUCAGGAUCUGAGUACUCCUGCCAGUGCAACAGAGACCCAUAAUCCCACAGUAGUGAGCAAGGGUCAAGAGAACCAAGACCAGCCUCUCAUGAUGCAUUCAGAGACACUAGCAGCCAGCUAAAUAAGACAGUUAAUGUAAAUGUCUCAAAGAAACACCCAAAGACUGGUGCCAACAGGAAAAUAGAAGCACUUACUGUAGUUCCUCAGGAUCAGGAUCGGAAAACCCCUCUCUGGUGUUGAUUAGUCAAUCAUUUUAUUGAGUUGACGGGAGUGGGUUACAUUCACUGGUUUUGUCAUAUGACUUAGGACAUACUGAAAUACAAUUUUAUUUUACAAAGUUUACAUGUAGACAGCCAUAUAAAUACAAAAGAAACAUCCAGAAGUGUACAGUAUAUUUCGUCUAUGUGUUUUUGUUUUCAUUUAAGAACAACAAUGUCAUGUCUCCAGGCUUAAACCUGCUUGUUUAUAACAAGGGAAUUCCUUUAGUUCCAUUUUGUCCAGGUUGCCUAAAUAAUGACCACACUGUUAAUUGUGCCUUUUCUCUUAUCACAAGCUUUACCAGUAUAGAAACACAAAGAUUAAUUCAUACAAAAUGAAUGUAAAUUGUUCUUUUACAGUGUUUUACGUUUGCAGAUUAAAAAGUCAGACUUUGGUAAAAAAUCUGAAUUAUUGUUAUAUAAUAUAGUAUUUUUAUUUGUAGAAACAUUGAGUAUCUAGGACAUUAACUUUCUAGGUUGGGGCUGAUGAUGGAGUGAUUUUACUACCAUGAGGGAAGCCUUUUAACCUGUCAAAGACUGUAAAAAUGAAUAAAUCACAGCCUGUGUCAAAGAAAUGAGGAAACUGCCAAACAUUUAACCUUUUUUUUUAGAUGUUUUCUGCCCGCAGGGCUUUGCUUGAACAGUGCACUCCUCCAACUAUGCCUUAAAGUCUGCCCACAUAAUACAGUCUUUAGCUGCUUUUCAACACUUAUUUUCUGCAUUGCCUUCAUGUUGUGUCCUCAAGUAAUCUAUUUGUAAAGAGUUCAUUUAUAAAACACAAAAUCUAUUUUUUGUUUGAUAUUAGCUAUUUCAAUAUUUUCUUAUGUAAAUAAUGCUUGCUUGGUAAGCUAAUUAAUUGUUUUGUUUUUUGGGGAGAUGGAUAUUAGAA